AUGCACAUACAACACUGGGUCGGGUCACCUGACCCGCCCCCAAGAGAGCACUUGUGUCGGUUACCUCGGUUCCCCGCCUCAAGACGACAAUUCAGCACAUCUGCCGUUCAAACGAUCACGCAAACCCCGCUUUCGACCAAGCAAACACGAUGGUUCCCCCCGACGGAUCAGGGUUUGAUCGCCAGCCUCACGGCGAGCCACGCCCAAACGCGCUUGGAGGCGAACACAAAUCAGACACCACUCGGCCAGGACCCGCGCGGCCGUCUUGAGGCGGACCUCUUGCUGAUUGCGGCUCACAAGGGCAAUCACACCCCAGAUGAAGAGCCGCCAAUAGUGCACACCGAUAAGAGGUCCAACAAGGUUGACGCCAGCGCCUGGUUUCCGUUCAAGAGCAAGCUGGACCUGGUGGCUUCCCUCUUAAUUGGCCAUACGCGCUCAAUGCUGUCAAGAUCACUCUACAAACGUAUCAGUGCGCUCUUAGAGGUGUGUGGACUCAAACUGCUGCAAUGGGCUGCGGUCCGGGAGUCACGCAAGAGGAUUCGGGAUUUACUAGGGAACAAGGUUCAAACAGAUGUUUUGGUUUUUGAUACUCCAUGCUACGCACUGAGUAGCCAAAAAAUCAUCAGCCAGGAAUUGGCCAGGCAUAUGCGGAGUCAACAGAUGGAUUGA